ACGCAGGAUGGAGUAAAGAAGGGAUUCUAAAAUAAUCGCACAGUGUUUUAUAAACAUAUUUUACAAUAAAAUGUGUCGAUUGUUAAAUUCCCGCGCUACGUUUAAGUGGAAGUGCGCAUUGUUUGAUCGAUUCCUGAACUAUAUAGACAGUUGUUAGUAGCUUAGUUUAUUGAAUCGGUGAUGUUGAGUACAAAAUUUGAUCCUAAUAAUGAUUCGGUCGAGGAGCAGUUUAUGUGGAUUCUUAGAUUCGCGAGUGUCAGGAAGAUUAAAGAGUUUUUAUUAAAAAUCCCGUCGAUAGAAUUGAAUUAUCCUACGCCUAAUUUAAAUACACCGAUCACGUCGGCCAUCGAUCGAGCCGAUCCACAAAUCUUUACUUACUUGUUAGACAAGAGUUCUACGAGCUUAGACGAUACCAUUACUCAACCCUGUCGAAGAACUGCUCUUAUGUAUGCCUCCUUCGUUUCAAGAAAUCCUGAAAUACUGCAAAUCCUUGUGAAAAAGGGAGCGGAUUUGGGGAAAACGGAUAUGUAAGGCGCAGAAUGCAUAAAAGUA